GUAUGGUGGACCGGAGGCGAUGGACGGGAGACGAGGAUCCGGGGACCGCCCAUGGCGGAGGGGCGGAGCCAGCAAGCACGCGCUGAGCUGGCAGAGUCUGGGCUAGUCCUCCGCGCGCGACGAGAGGGAGACACGGGCUGGCGCGGGUCCGGGUGUGCUGUCUGCUGCUCUCGAGACCGACGAGAGAGAGAGAGAGAGAGGGGGAGACCGGAGAGCGACGAUCACGUCUCCUGGAGUACGAGGCAGAAGAAGAGGAAGAAGAAGAGGAGAGGAGUCAGGACACUCGGAGAAAACUAAUAAAUCGACCCCCCCCCCUCCUCACUCGAGUAUACUCGGAGUCGGCGUCUGGGAAAAAAACACCAAGGGAAGACCCCCUGUCUUCGUGACAUCUCUGUUGAGUGCCCAGCGCACCCCUCCCAGCCCACCCCCCCAAAGGAACGACCACCCAUAGGAAGAGCAAGUUGACCAGCGUCGCCAGCAGGCGAUGCACUUAGGAAGACACCGACGACCCUUGCGCCUCUGGUCUCGAACGCAUGACAGCCGAAGACGUCUUAAUUUUCCUGACGGCAACAGUUAAGAAUACGGAUUUUGGUGUUUACAUUUUUUUUCUUUUUGACGGAUCGGCUAUGGCAAGACGAUAUAUCACUUCACGGCAACGUGUUUAAGUAUCACGCCGUAUAGUCUGCUCUAUAGCUGUGGAAUUAACCAUUAACGUGCAGUGUGGCGUUAUGUUUUUUUAGUGUUUAAAUUUAUGCUGACAAUGGUCUGGGAACGGGCCGCCUCGAUGGACACCUAGUAUCGUUUUUUCCCCGUUUUGUAUUUCAUAUAUAUACUCGACUAGACGACAUCACGUUUCAAGAAGUCGUUCGUCCUCCUUUUUUGCGGAAAGUCUUGCGUGGGAAGUUUGCGCCGAAGAGGGAACAAGUCGUAGAGAACUCUGCGGCAUCCACAUCAUUGUACUCUACGGUGCGAGCUGAUUGGAGGGCCGCCACCGCCGCCAUGCUGUCAUUGGACGAGCCCCUGGACCUGAAGCUGCCGCGGCGGGUCAACGGGCGUGACCGGGGCCCCCGCGCGGCCCCCCUGUCCCCGCUGCACCACGCCAAGCGGGCGCGGCAGCUCUACAUGGCCGACGACGGGACGGCCGUCAUAGAGCCCGCCUCCCCCGAGUCCCCGCACUCCGGUGUACAGGUGGUCCCUCGGGAUGGGUCAGAGACCCCCACCCCCCCGGCGGUGGACCUCAGCAUGUCCCCCUUCUCCUCCCGCCACACCUCCAGCUCCCCAGAGACCCCCAACAGUGGCCACGUCCCGUCAGCAGAAUCCCACAUCCGUUAUGUCGAGGGCGGGGCCUCCUCGCAGACCUUCCAGUUCUUUGUUCCGAUUGGAGCAGGGCCGGGACUACACCUGCCGUCCUCCAUGUUCAUUGGCCAGGCCGGUGACCGGCGCACCUCUCCUGACCUAUCAGCGGAUGAGCAGCUCGCCUGCCACUGGAAGAAGUGUCACCUGCUGUUCGACUCCCUCCAAGACCUGGUCGACCACGUCAACGACUUCCACGUCAAGCCUGAAAAGGAUUCUGGGUACUGCUGCCAUUGGGAGGGCUGUGCACGCAACGGGCGCGGGUUCAACGCCAGGUAUAAGAUGCUGAUCCACAUCCGCACCCACACCAACGAGAAGCCCCAUCGCUGCCCCACGUGUAACAAGAGCUUCUCCCGCCUGGAGAACCUGAAGAUACACAACCGCUCACACACAGGCGAGAAGCCCUACAUCUGCCCCUACGAAGGCUGCAACAAGCGCUACUCCAACUCCAGCGACCGCUUCAAGCACACGCGCACGCACUACGUGGACAAGCCCUACUACUGCAAGAUGGCGGGCUGCCUGAAGCGCUACACCGACCCCAGCUCGCUGCGCAAGCACAUCAAGGCCCACGGACACUUCGUGGCCCAGGAGCCCGGCUGCCCGGGCGGGGUGGGCUCCCUGCUGAAGCCGGGCCCCUGCAGCGGAGGGGCCCUCGCCAGGGAAGCGGAGCCCUCCUACCAGGGCGGGGCCCGCCUCCUGCUCCCGGGCGCGGCCGCCUUCCACCACGCCCUGCAGGGCCUCUCCGGGGGUCUGCCCCCCCUCUCCCCCGUCGGCGCCCGGCCCCUGGACCUGAGCGCCCUGGGGGGCCCCGGGGGGCCCCUGCCGGCCGGCUCGGUGCUGUCCUUCCCCGGCUCGCCCCUGGGCCUCGGGAAGGCCUCCCUGAUCUCCCCCGCCUACCCCCCCCUGAGGCCCCCCCCCCCCCCCGGGGGGGAGCGGAGGGGCCCGGACCACCACCUGGUCCAGGGGAGGCGGUGGGGGGGCCGGGGGGAGGGGGUGCUGAACCUCUCCACGGCGGGGGCCCUCGACCCGCUGUCCUGGGUGGUCAUCCCCCCCGGGGCCGUGGUGCUGAAGCCAGCUGUUGUCAACUGACACCUCCCCGCGCGCACACACACACACACACACACACACUCGCAGACACACACACAUAGAUGUACACACACAGUCACACAAACCCACACACACACACAGUCACGCACACACACACAGACACACCAACACACGCACACACACAGACAUGCUCACACGCAGACUCAAACAAAGAGAGCUCACACAAACACACACACACCCCCUCAUGCACACCUUACACACACACAUACCACAGGAGCUCAGGGGGUAGGGGUCGGGCGGGGUGGACGCCCCUGGGGUGAU